AUGGUGCGAUUUUCCACACAGACAAUUGCCUCGAAGCGCUUGCGUAUCUCGACGCCCGACGGGGAGACAUCUGCUAUGGCAAUGGCGAUGCCGAUGAUGUCCAUUCCCUCGGCGCCUGUGGCGCCGGCUGCCUCUGCGAGCACGGCGAUGGCGGACGGCGCUGUUCUUGCGACGCUGGAUGUGGAUACGCUCGAUUGCAGCGUGUGUAUGGAAUCCCUGACCCCGCCGAUCUUCCAGUGCUCGAACGGCCACAUCGCCUGCCAGAGCUGCCGCUCCAAGAUCAGCGACGUGUGCCCGACGUGCUCCAAGCCGCUGGGAUCGAUCCGCUGCCUGGCCAUCGAGAAGCUCAUCGAGACGCUGAGCGUGAGCUGCAAGUUCGCGGACCACGGCUGCGGCGCCAUGCCCAAGUUCGUCCACAAGGCGAUCCACGAGAGGAGCUGCGAAUUCCGGCCAUGCGCCUGCCCGAUCAAGCCCUGCAACGUCUCGGCUCCAACCAGAGAUCUCCUGGCGCACAUCGUCGAGGCGCAUCAGGUGGCGCGCUACGAUUUCUCGUGGGAAGCUCGGUGCACGCUCUUCCUCGCGGGGCCAGAGGCGGCGUUCUUCCUGCUUAAGGUUGAAGGGCUGUGCUUCUUACUCCACCAGGACAAGAAUUCUCUCGGGAGCUCGCUCUACGUGACUUACUUUGGAGCCGCGGCACCGGACGAGUAUCUCUACCAGGUGGAGCUCAAGAAUGGGAAGAAGAGGCUGCUGUUCGAGAGCGUGGCACAGACUUUCUCGCAGAGCAGGCAGCCCAUGGAUUUCCUGGUGGUUCCGGCACAUAUGUUCCCAAGCGAGGGGCGUUUGCAGCUGGAAGUUUCUCUCCAGAGGGUCGGGAGCUCCUCGGCCAAGAAGAGGAUCAGCUUCCAGGACGCGAUGUUCUAGAGUUGCAAGUAGACCAGAUUGAGCCGACGAAGAACAGGGACGCGAUGUUCUAGAGUUGCAAGUAGAUCAGAUCAAGCCGACGAAGAACAGGAGGACGCGAUGUUUUAGAGUUGGAAGUAGAUCAGAUCAAGCCGACGAAGAACGCUUUUGGUGGUGGCGGUGCUCGACGAUGGCUGUGGAGUUUCUUUCAGUGCGACGAUGGGAUUUUGGAUUGCUGCUCGGAUGGAAAACCAAGUUAGCUGUGGGGCCUCUUGCCCGUGGCAAUGACGAGGAUGGCAAGCAAGAGGAAGAUGAUCAGGCCUGCCAUGAUGUACUUGUUCCUGGUGAUCCUCCGGCUGAUGUUGUGGAUGAUGACUUUGCCCCGGGCGAUGUUGUCGUCCACUCCAUGCAACUGGAUCAUCCAAGAACAGACGAUCUAAGCGGUGAUCAAGCGCAAAACUUACGGUGUU